AUGGAUAUUUCUGAUGAAGAACUUCGAAAAUAUUCGCCGAGCCAACUUCUCGAAUAUACGUUGAAACUUCGUCAAGAUGUUCGAAAAAAUGGACAUGUUUAUUCUUAUGUGAGUUACUUAUUUGAAAUAGAAUUCCUUAUCUCAAAAAUUGUAUUCUCUUUUUCAGCCAUAUUCAAAAUCAUGGUUCGAUUUACCAUUUGAAAUGCGAGAAAUAGUGAUCGAUGAAAUGGAUGUGAAAACAAGGUGCAAAUUCGCAAGAUGUUCAAAGUUGUGUGAAACAGAAGCCAAGAGAUCAAAGAAUUAUUUGCAUUCAAUCGAUGUAUCGUUUUUUGAUAACGUUUUGUCUUUUUCUUUUGAUGAUCGAAAAAGACAUUCAGAUUUCACACUGAAAUUCGAUGAAUUUGAUGAGCUUAAGACAACUGUUAUCUGUCGACCGUGAGAAUUUAUAAUUACAUUUAUUGACAAAAAAAAAUUUUUUCAGUUCCGAUAGUAGAAAAAAAAAUAUGGGAUGGAAAACUAUUGAAGAAGGAAAACCAAACGAUGUUCUAAAGAAGUAUUUGAACAAUUAUCUAGAAAUUUAUCGAAAAAGUAUCAAGAGAUUCAGUUUGAGAGUGAGUUUUGUGUGUUUUUAGAGAAUUUUCUAGGGUUGGAAAAACAGUGUAUUUGCGUACACGGAUACACGCGCAGCCAAAUACAAGAAUACACGGUACACGAAUUAGGGCUGUAAAAAAGUGGUGUUGGUGUGCCGAAAAACACAAGGUCUUUCAACACGUUUUGAGCUACAAAUUCAAAUAGUUAUUUUCCAGAUUUUUACUAAGCCUCAAAAAAGGAGAAAUUUUUUUCAAUAUUUUGAUUGUUCAAGUUCCAACUUUAGGCCUAGGCGUAUUUAAAUGUGGUUUUGAAUGUUUCCUGCACCUUUCUGGGCGUUUAACUAAGCCUAAGCCUAAUAUCCGAACUUGUAUUUAUAACCAAACUAUCGUCUAAGUUUCUAGGCUUAGGCUUAGUGAACGCCUUGAAAAUAAUAAUUCUCAUUGAAAAUCAACUUUUUGGCCAAAAAUGUGUUGAAAAGUACACCUUGUUCGCGAAGUCAUUUUGACAUUCUUGAAAGUUUCACCGCGGAGUCAUUUAGAAUUCGCGGAGGCAUUUUGAUUUGAUAGCGCGGAGUCAUUUUGAAGCCCCGGAGGCAUUUAGACAUUUUUGAAAUAUCGAGCGCGGAGUCGUUUAGAAUUCGCGGAGGCUUUUCGAUUUGGCAGCGCGAAGUCAUUUUGCGGAGGCAUUUCGCGAACCCAUCCGGUAUUUGCCCUUUUUUUGCAUGCGUUUUCAACCAAACACACACAGAAAAAACAGUGUGUUCGUGUGCAGUGUCUUCUAUAGUGUAUUCGUGGGCAAAAGUUUAUCCCAUGCGAUUUAACCCAUUUUCUUAACCCAUGUCGAAAAAAUUUUCCCAUGUUGUGAUUAACCCAUGUUGAUUUAACCCAUGUGUUUUUGGUUAUCCCAUGUUCACAUUUAACCCAUUUUUUUGCAAUUAUUCCAUGCUCAUGCCGUAUUCAGAACCUGACAUUGGAGGGCAAUAUUUUUUCGAAGCCCAAGCCUUGAAUGACAGAUAAGUGCAAACUCGAUUCUUGGCCUGUAAAAGUCCGGAUUUUAGGCUUAGGCUUCACUGGUCCUGGGAGGUUGACCAAAAAUUGACCAACUUUUGGUCAAACUCCCAGCACCAGUGUUAGUAAAACGUCCAGAAAGGUGCCAUUUUGAACUGAACUAAUCGAAAUUUCAGAAAAUUGAAUACUCAUGCUAGGAAAAAUUUUUACGCAAACGUCAUUAGUUCAAAAUUGCACCCUUCUGGGCGUUUUACUAAGCCUAAGCCUAAUAUCCGUACUAGUACAGCUCAAAAAUCGAGUUUGAACUAUGCUCCCAUUCAAGGAUGGAUAAAAAAGAAUUCCAGAAAAGCAUGGGUUAACUGAAAAAAUGGGUUAAAUGUGAACAUGGGAUAACCAAAAACACAUGGGUUAAAUCAACAUGGGUUAAUCACAACAUGGGAAAAUUUUUUCGACAUGGGUUAAGAAAAUGGGUUAAAUCGCAUGGGAUAAACUUUUGCCCUGUAUUCGUGUUUGGUGUGAAAUUGUGUUCGCUGCUGCCUCGCCGCGUGUGUGGUGUGUUCGUGUGAACUAUUUACAGCCCUAACAUGAAUACACGGUUUUCUUCUCUUCUCAAGCAAUUUAUAAAAAAGCGUGUAUUCGUGUAUUUUUUUCCAACCCUAGAAUUUUCAUAUAUUAUUUCAUUUCAGGAUGUUGCUGAUUUGGAAUCAGUAAAAGGUGUCAGUAUCAAAAAUUUGAGAUAUUUGAAAGAAGUCUAUGUCGAUUUUUCGUUUGACAGUCUAGAAUCAUUGAUUGAAUGCGGUUUCACCGAUUAUAAACAAGUUGGUUUUUCAUUUUUCUCCAAACUUGUUGACCCUGUCAGGCGUAUUCCUAGGAAAUUGAAUAAAUGUGUUUUUUUUUCAGAUCCUUCGCAUCGAAACUGUCACUUUCAUUUCACUCGAUAAACUCGAGUUAGAAACAAUUCUCAAGUUUCAAGGAAAAUAUUUAACGGUUGAUGUUGCUGAUUUUGUCGUGAGAAUGAACGAAUUCCUUAUCAAAUGUAAAAAUGGAGAAAUUCACGAUAAUGUCGAAAUGUUUGAUUUUUAUUACCCGACUGGAUUAGAUAACUUUUCAAGUCUGGAUCAUGAGAGAAUUAUUCAAGGAUUAGAUAUUUUCAAAAGCGAGAUGAAUCACUUCAAGCAUGAAUUAAGUUUUCGGUUUGCAAGUUCAGCAAAGAAGUCUGGAAUGAUUAAUGUUUUAUAUUAUUCGUCUAAAAUUAAAGUUGAAUUCAAGAAAGAAUAA